AUGGAAAGGCGUGAUACAUCGGGCCACGAAAAGCUGGUCAUUGUGCUGAGUACUGUGUUGGGCUUCAUCGCCAUAGCUCUGGUAACAAUAAUAGUGAUCUGGUAUUUACGGAACCGGCGGAGACACAGGUUAUUUAACAGAGGUCUGACUCCGAUCGGCGACGAAGAAAUAGCGACAUGGAAAGUGAACCGGGCGGAGAAGGAGGCCGAAGCAUACACGACACGUCCAAGCCACGUAUCCAAGGACUCAACAAGCUCGGCAAGGAUACAAUACCAGAGAGGGGGAGCCCGACCCUCGACAGACGCCGUCGCAUCGACGCGAUCGUUCAUCAAGAACAGCUUCAGCAUCGAUUUACCGCGGGCGCCUGAAGCAGCGGCAUUCGCGCGCGCGCCGAACGCCCGUGCCGGCUUGACGGAUGAGACAGUCCCCGGCGACGAGCCGUUUGUGCCACAGCUGAAACGCCAACCUUCGCGCCUCCAGAAGAUGCAACCCGGGACGCCCAAGGCAACCAGUCGCUCGAACAGCCGGUCGAAUAGCCGCACAAGAGCAGCCCGCAGCUACAGCCACCCGGAGAACUGGAGUGGCAGCACCGACUCGUCGCCGACGGGAUCGAGGGAUGGAAACCAGCGCGGCGGCCACUCACGCAUCUACUCGUCGUCUUCCAUCCCGCCGCGCAUCAACUCGGCCACGGAGAAAGAACUGUUCGGGGGCCUAUCGCCGCCCCCUUCACGCAGACCUUCGGCCAUCGGACGAGCGCUGGGUUAG